AUGAACAGAUUCCGCUCGCUGGAUGUGACGCUCGAGACGCUCUCUGCCCAGCUCUACCCGGACGAGCGCAUCCUGGCGCAUGCUGACGGUGUCGGCCUCUACGACGGCAAAGACAAAUCCCCUCAGCACGACGACGGCCGCGCAGUCCUCUCCUCGCAUCGCAUCCUCUUCAUCUCUUCCUCGCGGCCCCACUCGAACUCGGUUGCACUCGACCUCUCGCUCGUACGGCAGACGGAGUAUUGGGCUGGAUUCGUCUUCAAGAGCAGUCCGAAGAUCACCUUGCUCCUGAGCGAUGCGGGUCGAGGGGAGCAGGCGGGAUCCGGGUCGAAUGGGGAGAACUCAGGUUCAACGGCGCGACCCGGGACAGGAGGGAGCGCUACAGCGACGGGUGCCAAGGAGAACGAUCGCUUAGCCCUCAUCGCGAGCGCGGGAGACAGGAGCUGGGUGUGUCGAGUCUGCGGGAUGCGCAACGUCCCGACCGUCGAGUCGGGUCUCAAGUGCACGCUAUGCGGCGUCGCGAUGGACCCGCACGCCUCUUCAUCUACCCCGGUGACCCGAUUAGGAACCCCUCGCAGCGCCUCGCCUAAACGACCUUCAACUGCCGCUGCGACAGCAGCUCCCCCUUCCUUCGAUCCAGCCGAAACAGGCUCCCGCAUCGCCUGUCCCGUCUGUACCUUCCUCAAUCACCACUCCAUGGCCACAUGCGAGAUGUGCGACUCUCCCUUGUUCGGGCCUGCUUCGACGGAUCAUCCUCCACCUCGACCCGCCUCGUCCGCAUCCGAUACUGCUCCCUCCACCUCGCCUACACCACCCGUCCCCAGCGCCACCUUCGUCCGGUUGAGCUUCCGAAGAGGCGGGGAGAAGGCGUUUUAUGCGGCGUUGAAGACGGCACUUGCUUCGAAGGCUUGGGACCUCAGCUCGUUGGCGGCCCCGUCACGGAAGUCGCUUGAUGCGGCGAGAGCUGGCACACCAGGCGGCGUUCAGGUGGGUGAGCAGAAUAGCAGCUCGAGCGGGGCGGGUAUCGACGCGAUCAUGCGAGGAAUCGAUCUCGACGCACGAGAUCGAGAAGACUCCCUUGACGAGGCCCUGCGAGAUCUCGACUCGCUGAUGGCGCGAGCGAAGAACAUGAUCGCCCUCGCACAAUCCCUAAACGCACAACUAGCCGUCACGAGUGCUACAGACCCCGCCUCCGUUUCAGCAGAAACAGCCGAAGCCGCCUCACUCGCAACCUCUUCUCUCCAGUCGCUCGGCCUCCUCUCGGCGCCCGUCACCGCUCAAGACGUUGCCGACUCGAGCCGAUAUCAUGCUCAACUGGCGCAGGAGCUGGCGACUGUGCUGCAGAAGGGGCAGGUCAUGGACAAGCAGGGAGGCGUCAUUGGACUGGACGAGGUCUGGUGCCUGUGGAACCGGGCGCGAGGAGUCGCCCUCGUGUCACCCGCCGACUUGCGAGCUGCCGCACGACAUCUACCUACCGUCUCCUCCUCUUCUCGAAUAUCCCUCCGCGUCUUCCCUUCCGGCCUCCACAUUCUCCACACCUCCCGCUUCUCCCUCCCCGCCUUCUCCUCCCGCAUCCUCGAGCUUCUCGACCUGCGCCAAGCCCUCACCGCUUCUCUCGCAGACGAGCCCUCGACCAGCCUCGACCGCCAAACUCGCGAAGGGAUCGGCGUGCUCGAGGUGGCAGAUGCGGAGAGACUUAGUGUUGGAUUGGCGAAGGAGAUGAUGGAGUUGCUGGAGAUGGGGGAGGCGACUGCGUUAGGUGGGAGAGUUGGCGGAGGAGCGGUUGUCCGGGAUGAGCAGGGCGGUGAGGGGACGCGGUGGCAGCGGAACUAUAUCUCGCAUGCGGUAUGGGACGGGCAGGUGUUGUAG